AUGACUGCCGACCCAGUCGAAGGUGACUACAUGAGUCUGGGCGCUGCUCUCAUGCACCCACUCUCGCGAAGCAGCUGCCACAUUUCGUCCAGCGAUCGUGAAGUACACCCGAUCAUCGACCCUCGAUAUCUAAGCCAUCCACUCGACCUGGAGGUGUUCGCUCAGCACCUCAUGGCUAUAGAAGUGCUUACUAAAACAGAACCUCUAGCGGGGUUCCUCAAGCCCAACGGCCGACGGGCCCAACCGGGGCCCAAUGGAGCAAAGGUCGACACAUUAAACAGAGCAAAGGAGUACAUCCGUGCUACAACGCUCAGUGACAACCAUCCUGUUGGGACUUGUACUAUGCUGCCUCGUGAAAAGGGCGGCGUUGUAGAUUCAGCUCUUAAGGUGUACGGAGUCGACAAGCUAAGGAUCGUCGACUCGAGUAUCAUGCCCAUCAUUCCGCGAGCUAAUACGCAGACGACGGUUUAUGCUGCUGCGGAGAACGCGGCGGAUUUGAUUAAGACUGAAUAUUCAAUCUAA